AUGUCUUCAUAUAUUAGGUUGCCCCAGACUCGGUGGUCGUUGGCUGUUGGGGGACUAUGUUUGCUUUGGAUCUUGCUUCUCGCCAUCAAGCACAAUCGCGAGUACAUCGCAUCCGUUCCUGCGAGAUUCACAUAUGUUGAAAGUAUAAGGGGAAAGUCCACCGCUUCUGCUGUUCAGAAUAGAACAAUGGGAUUUGGUGCGAUUUUGAUGGCAAUAUUACCAGAUCGAACCGAUCAAAUAGACACCGCAUCUCUCCUCUCAUCUUACUCAGAUAUUGACCUGACCAUCAUUGAUGGAGUUAGAUCUGUUUCAGAAAAGACAAGACCGCCAGGAGGAGCUCAAUUGACGAAAGGUCAAAUUGGAUGUUGGAGGGCGCAUAUGAAUAUGAUGCGCUAUGUUGUGGACCAUCGACUCGAAACAGCUCUAAUAUUAGAAGCUGAUGUAGAUUGGGAUAUUAGAAUAAAGUAUCAACUAGAAGAACUUGGUAAGCAUAUGCCGGGUGCAAGCAAGACCAGGCCUUAUGGUCUGGAAUGGGAUAUGCUCUAUACAGGUCCAGCUCUGCAUCUUCCUGAAGAUGCAAACCUGGGGCCUGUGAUUCGCUACCAUGAUAACACCGUUGGAACUUUAACCGGGUCAGGAUAUGAUAAGAUUGAGGCGGACUGGGUCGCUAGAGACUUAGCAGCAUACCAGGCACAGGAUCAUCAAAGAAUCGUUCACCGAGCAUAUACGACCUAUGCAAAUACAAGUUACAUGGUGACAUUGGAAGGCGCGAAACGAAUUCUAUAUCAGCUAGGCUUGCACCAGCAGACUGCUCCUAUUGAUGUAGAUUUCCUUGAAGCUCUUCAUAGAAGAGAUAUUAAUGGUCUGAUCGUUGUACCACCCCUUAUGCAACAGUGGAAGACAGGAAAUGCUGCCAAAGAUUCGGAUAUUGAAGAUCCUGGCAGAGAGGAUGGAAGAGCAGGCUCCGGCCCCUGCAUCGUGCAGAGUGUGCGGGCAAGUUUGCAUGAUAGCGCUUUUAAUAAUUCGAGGAUAGAUUGGAUUGAUAGAACGGAUUUGACAGGAUAG